CGAAGUACUUGGUGCGUACAAGAGACCGUGGGAGAAAUGUGGGUUAUUGCUCUAGUUAGUUGGACUAUUUGGUGGAGUGGAAGUACGUAGUAUCGUAGUAUCAUUACUGCUGGAAGUACCGAACUAACCAACUAACUUACUAUUAUAAAGGAACUUCUUGUUCAUUCACCGCUGACCGCGAUCGACCUCGUCAACGAAAUUUUAGUCGGUGGCGUUUGUUUUCGAUUUUUUUUUGUCGUUCAUAUGCGACCCACUAAAUUUAGUACCAUCUUUACUUAAUUUGUGCAUAGAGACAAACGGAAUAGGAAAUUUAGAAAUGUGUAUGUGACAGAAAAAAAGGACAAAGUAGAGUUCCACUAAUUGUUAAUAACAAAAGGAUGCACUAAAAACUUUUUUUUCAAAUUUUUGUGGUCAGAAUGAAGGCAUUCAUUUUCGUGCCAUUAUUAUGUUUCCUUAUACCAUUAGCAGACGGUCAUGGUAGACUAAUAGAGCCCCCCAGUAGAGCAUCGGCUUGGAGAUAUGGAUUCGACACCCCCCACAACUAUAACGACCACGAAUUAUUUUGUGGGGGGUUUAGUAGACAAUGGAUCCAAAAUGGGGGAAAAUGUGGGGUAUGCGGCGACGCAUGGGACUCCAAACUUCCGCGACCUCACGAAUACGGCGGGACGUACGGUCAGGGUGUGAUAGUUAGAAAAUACAACCCGGGUGGCAUCAUGAACAUAAGAGUUGAACUGACAGCAAACCACAAUGGUUACUUCAUAUUUUCACUUUGUCCAGAUUACAAGAAUACGACGCAAUAUUGUUUGGAUAAGAAUAUUUUGACCCUUGCCAAGCCCCAGUCCGAUGUAGAACAUAAAUCGGUCAAAUAUUACCCCAAGGAAGGUAACAGGGUUUACGAAAUCAAAUACAGACUCCCCAAAAUGUCCUGUGAACAUUGUGUUCUACAAUGGAGGUAUAUUGCAGGAAACAAUUGGGGACAAUGUCCCAACGGUACUGAAGCAGUAGGGUGCGGUCCCCAAGAAGAAUUCAGGGCUUGUGCAGACGUUACCAUAUCGGGCAAGAAUGUACCAGAAAUGACACCCCCUAUCGAAACAACCCCCCCGGUUUACGUCCCCACAACAGCCACGCAAUACCCCGCGGUCCCAACAACAACUGUGGUUGUCCCAACAGAACUGCCUACCCCCGAAGAGUCUUACAACCCUAUUGUGGCCAUUUUUAUUUCUGUUAUUACUUUUUUAGUAGUAUCGCUAAUUUUGUUCCUACUAUAUAUUCACUACUAUCAGAUUGGUGGUAGGAUUAAAGGGUGGAUUAAGGGCGACGACUCGGACACGGUGUCGUCUCAAAAUACCAAGUCCGGUGGGACCUUAAGGAGCAUUAAUUUCACGAAUAAUAACGGACAAUUUCCUAAAGCCCCGCCAAGGACGAAAAAAGGUAAAAUUAAAUUAACUGAAGACAGUAUGGAAGAAAUAAAUUUAAAUGAAGAUAGUGUCGCAUAAUUUUUAGAAUUAAAAUAUAAAAGUAUUAAUGAUGGUUCUCAAUGGUGGUGGAUUAAGUGGUAAACGGACUAAUUAGGGUUACGAAAUAACAAAAGUUUCUUAAAAUAUGUUUUCGUGGUAGUUCGAAGAAAAUUGUUUUUUUAUAUUUCUAUAAAGUAUUUGCGACUUACCCAAAAAGAUUAUGUUAAACCAGAGCCAUGAUAAAGGAUAAAUAAUUUAUUUAUUUUUAAACCACAUCCGACGUUUCGCCUAUUGUUUUCAGUCUUUUUCAAGGAUAUAAUAUAAAGGCCUAAACCUAUCAUGGCUCUGAUUUAACAAAAAUUAAGGGAAGGAAUGAAAUAGAUAUCACUAAAAGGAUUAUCCACAACAUUACUGUCUUGUUGAAGUUUUGUAAGUAAUGGUGUGCAUCAGUUUUUAUGAUCUCGUUUUAAUUUAUAUAAGAUUGUUUUUAAAUGUUCAAACGUACGCAAUUUUAAUAAAAAAAAAACUGAAUGAGGUUGAGAGCCCCGAAGUUAGUACCGCUUGACUUAAUCUGCUCCUGCUUCUCAAUUUUGGAAAUAAAUAGGAAAUGAGAUUUGAUAAAAGUUUUUCUGGUUUAUCGAAAUAUGCCUAUUAUGCUACUUUCUUAAAUAUUUAAUGUUACUUAAAUUAAAAGACGAAAUUUAGUUUAAUGUUUACUUCUAAACUAUAUUCUUGGUACUUUUACCUUUUCUACUGCUUCAUACCUACGCAUUUUCUAUCUAGUAGCACACAGAAGGCAGGGGAUAAAGGUUAUAAAGUCUUUAGAACACAUUUAAAUGAAUGUUUUAUUAUUUUUUACUGCGUCAAUAUUUGGUCCACAAUUUUAUAACAGAAAAAUAAACAAGAACGUAUUUUAAGUAUAGUUAAGUAACAGCAAAUACCAGCUAGAUGGCGACACACUGUCUGUACUGUUGGAUAUUAGUAAAAUAAAUUUGUUGAAUUUCAUACACAAAAAAACACACUAUUAAGGAUGAGGUGGUUACAAAUCGAGCAUGAAUGUAUCAUUUAACACCCAUAAACUCUUCGUGACUAACAUGCUUUCGUAACUUAUCAUACUGCGAAUUUUGAUUUAUUUUUUAUAACAAUACCUGUCACUAACAUUAUCUGUUCUUUUCUUUUCAGACUACCCUCCUCAAUUCCUACUUUAGCUUAUCUCAAACAAUUUUACAUACAUGUAAACAUAAGUACAUAAUUGUAUACCCAAGCACGAAAAAGGGUUCCAAUUCGUUUCUUUUUUUUGUUUUUUUUUUAAACGGAACAUUGUUUUUGUAACUAAUAAAAAGGAUAAAUAAAUAAAUAAAAUAGGAAAUACGUACGUGCAUAUAUGAAAGUGGUAAAUUUCUGCAAUAUACUGUUAUUAUAUAUUGAGUGCCCAAAAACCAAUUACAGUAAUGAAUGAAAUUCUGU